AUGAAGAACAAGGUCUCGAAAGACGUCACUUUGUCCAUCCACUCCCAGAGCGGCGAGUUGGGUCCAAUCGUUUACGUCGAUCCCGAGAAAGAGAAGGCCGCAUUCAGAAAAUUCGACAAAUACGUCCUCCCCGUCUCUGUCAUCUUCAUGGUGCUCUCCAGUUUGGACAGAAACAACCUCGGAAACGCUAGAGUCUUUGGCUUCGACGAAGAAAUCGGCCUCAAGAAUGGCCAGUUCGGCAACAUACAGACGCUUUCCAGCCUUUGCACCAUCCUCUUCGAAGUCCCCUGGGUCCUCGCCGUCCGGCGCUUUGGCGCCAACAAAGCCCUCGGUGCCGCUUUUGCCAGCUGGAGCGCAGCGACACUCGGCACGGCGUUCAUCCACAACUAUGCUCAAGCCGUCAUCGUACGCAUGAUCCUGAACACCGCCGAAGCCGGUCUCGCACAGGGUUUCGCAUAUCUCUUCUCGACCAUCUACCCGCGUCACCUAGCCGGCAAACGUAUCAUCACGACGAAUCUCGCCAUGUGCAUCUCCGGCGCUUUCGGCGGCCUCUUCGCGUACGCUGUCCGAACCAUGGGGACGAGGAACGGACUUUCGGCUUGGAGGUGGUUGUUCAUUGUAGAGUUCUGCAUCACCAUCAUCGUUGGAGGUGUCGGCUGGAUCUUUCUCCCUGCCUCUGCGGAGUCGGCCUGGUUCCUGAGUGCCGAGGAAAAAGAGACGAUGAGACUGCGAAAGGAGCGCGAUCGGAUGUUUCGAGGGGCGGAUAAGUUUGAUAGAAGGUGGAUCAAGCUUACACUGAAAGAUCCUUUUGUGUAUCUGCUGGGGAUUGCGUUCUUCACGUCGUCGGUGGCGAUUAACGGAUUUGGGGUCUUUUUGCCAACGAUCCUAGCUGGGCUUGGCUAUGCUUCCCUCCAAGUCAACUACAUGACGAUCCCUGUCUACGUUGUGGGAGCGAUCUCCCUCGUCACGAUAGUCUUCUUGUCCGACAGGUUUAAGAGACGUGGCGUCUUCAUCAUGGGCUGUUGUGCACCGGUGGCGAUUGGAUACCUCAUCUGCGUGGCAACUCCGAAUCAACACGCUGGCUAUGCGGGAAUGUUCAUUCUCGUUCUCGGCAUAUUCCCCAUCUCCACCCUGGCCGUCACCUGGAUCGCAACCAACCUCGCUCCCGACGACAAGCGAGCAUUCGGCAUGCCUCUGGCGUACUCGAUCGGGAAUAUUUCCAACCUCAUGUCGUCGCAGCUCUAUCCCACACAGCAGGGUCCAAGGUACAUUGUUGGCAAUACGGUUUCUGCUGGUUUGACAAUUGUAGCGGCCUUCCUGUAUGGAUCUUGCUGGCUACUCCUAAAGAUAAGGAACCAGAGGAAGGAGAGGCUGAUUGCAGACGGAGUGACGACGAAUGGGCUGGAAGGGGAUAUGAGUCUGGACAGUAUGUAUAUUCUUUGA